GAAUAGUGUAAGGGACAUGUCAGGGGAAGUGUUAGCCAGGGACGGAUUGAGGGCAGAGGGAAUUGUUAGCCUGUUUUGGAGAUUGGGAAGGGGAUACGAUGUUGUAGCAUGGCUGAGGUAAUAGAUUUUCUGUAUUCUGCACCUGGGACGGGCAACCCCGGGACAGAAUGGGGAGUGAGAGGCUGGACGGCAGCCAGUGGAAAGGGACAUGGGGGUCUUGGUCGAUGGCAAGCUGAACAUGAGCCAGCAGUGCCCUGGCAGCCAGGAGGGCCAGGCGGGUUCUGGGGGCAUCAGGCACAGCAUGGCCGGCCAGGCUAGGGAGGGGAUUGCCCUGCUCUGCUCUGCCCUGGGACAGCCUCACCUUGGAUAUUCUGUGCAGUUUUGUACCUCGCAGGAAAGACAUUAAUCUCUUGGAGAGCUUCCAAAGGAGGGCCAUGAGGAUGGUGAAGGGUCCUAAGGGGAAGCCAUAUGAGGAGUGGCUGAGGUCAUUGGUCUGUCCAGCCUGGAGAAAAGGGGACUGAGGGGAGACCUCAUUGCAGUCUGCAACUUCCUCGUGCGGGGGCUGGUACCAAUCUCCUCUCUAGUAACCAGUGAGAGGAUUUGAGGGAUGGAUGGCCUAAAGCUGAUUUAAAGGCAUGUUUGGACAAUGCUGUCAGGCACAUGGUGUGAUUCUUGGAGUGUCCUGCAUAGGGCCCGAAGUUGGACUCAAUGAUUCUGACAGGACCCUUCCAACUCAGUGUAUUCUGUGAGUCUAUAAAUGUUGGGGACUUAGGGAGUGGAGGCUUCUGGUAGUGCAGCUGCUCAGUAUAUGGAGAUUAUUAUGUGAGUGCAAGUGCUAGUUUGGAUGGUGUUAAUGGUAAUGAUUUGGCUCAUGGGAGUGGUGAGCUGCUGUACAGGUGGUCUCUGUAAACAGUGUCUGGAAAGUCACUGUAGUUGGGUUGCAGUGUCAGGAAACUGCGUGCUCCUUCUGAGGAUGCAAUGACAGUGUAGUUGUUGCUUGAGACAGUGCUGGUGCUGAUAAAGAGGAUCAGUCAAGAGCCUCACAAUUUUGUUUGGGAGAACAAAUAGAUCUUUCCAUCUCUAAAUAUUGUACUGUGGGUUUCAAAUGUGCAGUCAAUCCUCAGUCCCCUUAAAUAUGUUCCUCUCUCUCUCAUGUCACAAGUAUUAAAAAUUAAAAAAAAAAAAACAAAAAAAAAACAUGGAAGAGAGUAAGAAAAAGAAGAAACCAGAAGAGCAAGAUCAAGAGCCUGAAUCAGAUUUACCCGAAGCCUUACUAGAAUAUCACAUUGCGGCAAAAGAAGCAGCAAUUGCACGGGUUUUGUUUCAUCUGGAAGGAUUGGAAGAAAAGAUCAAAGAAAAUAUUAAAAAGAAUGUUGUUCUGAAGGAAGAACAAAAGGUGCUUAUCAGGCGCUUAGUAAGGCAAAUAGAAGAAAAGGAGAAAAAACGAGAUGAGAAGGAGGUUGUAACCAGGGAUGAUGUGGAAGAGUCACUGAAAGCAGUUUUUCAGUUUGUGAAGGACAAGGAACAACUUCUUCAAGAUCUGUGCUCCCAAAUUGAAGAAACUAAGAAAAAAAUUGCAGAAAAGCAGCGUGAGAGAGAUUAUUGGUUGGAGUACAAAAAUGUCGGAAGUAAAAUACAUGCUGAGAGGAUUAGCAGUCUGGAAAAAGACAUUGCAGAUGUCAAAUAUGAACUUGAAAGAACUGAAGAAUAUUAUAAAGAAGCUUUGGAAGUUGUGAAAGAAGAAAAUCAGAAACUGUUUGACAGGCACAUGAAAUUACUCAGUGAAGAAGCUCUUAAGAAUGCUGUGGGAUACUUAGACAAAGACUGUCGCAGAGAGAUUGAGGAGAAUGAGUGGCUCAAAGAAGAGGUUAAGAUCUACCGAAAGGAAGAAAGGGAUUUGAAAGCUUCUGUCCAACUCCUGGAAGAAGAAAAUACCACUUUAGUGGCAAAAUUGAUUGAUAUCAAACUUCAGCAACUAAGAGUAUCAGGGUAUUUGUUUCAUACAAAGGGAGCUGGCUUGCAAGAACUUCCUAAGGAUGAAAUAAAAAGGGGAAAAAGAGAAUAUACAGCAAAGACAGAUGGAAAGAGCCUCAGAAGUGCCUUUCCAAAGAUUCGGGCUAAAACAGAUUAUAAGAAGCCUCCAGACAGUGAUGAAAAAUCACGGAAAAAAUUCUUCACUCCAGCCCUAGACAGCUUGUUGUAUGAAGAUGAAGAAGAGUUCCAGGCAUACUCAAAACUGGGACCUCUGAAGAGAAGGCUGCUUGUGGUUGGAAAAGCUGUGCCUGCUUGUAAGGAGCCAGAAGAAAUGCCAAGCUGGAGCCACAGAGAAAAGGAUACUGUUGGUAAAUCAGAUGGGCAUAUCACAGCUAAGAUGAUCAAGGCCUUAUUUAAGGAAAAUGUUGAUGAAAACUAGACAAGCUGUGCUGUUUGCACAGAAAUGUAACAUUCUCAGUUAAUUAAAUAUUUGCUCUCUUCUGUGUGG